GGAGUCGCGACAUAUCCAUCGGAUAUAUGGAAGGAAGAAAAGUAUUCGAUGAAGUAAGACAAGCGAAUCCCGCUAUAUGGAGACAAUACGAAAAUGUCACAGUCGUGGCACCACAGGAUGAAAUUAUAAGUAAAGUAGUGAUUACAGACAUGCGUCCAGAAAAGGAUGGUGAUGUUCAAAUAAUUAAUGGCGGAGCCAUGCAGAAGUCUGUAACCAUAGAGUUAAAGAGUCCUACCGUUUUGAGAGGUUAUGAAUUCCGCAUUGAAGUGUAUUCAGUGCCAGACACAGUAGCCACUGAUGCCGAAGAACAUUUGAGUCCUGACUCAGCACCUGUACCGAACGAUAGCACAUCAGAACAGCCCAAUGACACUGCUAAUAAGGACAUUCAGGAUAGUCCCAUUGCAGUUGGAGGUGAUAUAAACAGUGAAGUUCCUAGAUCACCGCGUGAAAGUGAAGAAAAUCAAUCACAAACAGAUAUAAUAAAAGAAGACACUACAACUAUUUCAUACGAAACGAGUAGCAUUGCAGAAGACGAACCUGUUACAAUGGACGAAACAACUGUACUGCCAGAAACUCCUGAAGUUCCAGCAUUAGAACUUGACUCUGACAAUAAUAGACCAGCACGAGAAACUGUACUUAACACUGCAAUAAAUGUAAGCGAUCCACCUGUAACGGAUUCAGAUGAAAGUGAAGAAAAUGAAGCAUCAACCGAGGGAUCCGGCACAACUUCAGUUACUGAACCAACUGGAAGCGCAAUGACAGACGCAACGGCAACAGAGGCAGUAGUUACAACAGCAUCCUACGAGCAUUCUACGUAUACCCCUAUAUCUUAUGACAACACUAAAAACGUACCCGACUACGCUUCUUUGAACAUUUUAGACUACAUUAAAAACCGAGAAGCGAUAAGACCAAUACGUCGCACAGAAGACAACGCAUCUGAACCAGAAGAAUCUUCUGAACCACCAAUUGAACCAGAUGUAAAUACCGCUACCACUCCACUAGUAGAAGAAACAAGUUCUGUAAAUCUAGGCGACGAUACUGUUGGAUUAGUUCCACCUAAAAUAGACGCGAGCUAUAAUACCGAUUUUGCUGAUUCGGAAACAACAGAACAUGCUGUAGAAAGCUCUACAUUGAAUGAUGUAGUCAGAGCUGGACGUGAUAUAGAUUUUGAUAGUGACGUUACUGAAACCAGUACUAUUAAUACUGAAGAAGAAUCCACUCUAACAUCUACGACUUCUGACGUCACUACUCCAACACCUACGAUUUCUGAUGUAACCACUGCCACGCAAGAUGAAGAUCACACUGCUUCAAUAGAUGAUCAAUUACGAAACACACGUGGUGCAAGACAUGACCAUGACGGAACCGAUGUUAAUGUAUCAGAAGAAGGUGCGAGUCCAUCAAGUGAAGGAUUACCUGGAGUUGUAGAUUUACAACAACCUAACAAAAAUGUAAUAAUAAUCAAUUUAGAUGAAAUUAUGGCAAGAGAUGAGAAUAAUAGGUUUACUUAUGCUUUGCCUAUCGUACUACUUAUAAACAGUGAGAGUAAUUAUCCAAUUAUUAAAAUAAUUGCCGAGUCUAAUGAUGGUAAUGAAAGCAAAGUGCUGUAUCCAAUCCAGCCUUCAGAUAUAUCUAUGGAGCCGAGCGAAUAUGAUUAUAAAAGCAUGGAAAAUGAUAGAAUAAAAGGAGAUUUAAUACCGACUGGAGAUUAUGACAGCCAGUAA